AUGGUUAUGUCCCCAAACACGAUCUUUUUGAUGGGUGCUCCAUUGCCUGGCAGUUUAGACUGGGAGAAGGAUGAGCUUCUCAACAGCGCCAUCCAACCAUUCCAAGGAACAGACACCAUUGAUGAGCACCAGUCAUUUCUUGUCCAAAGCAGAGUUUCUGCCAAAUGGAGAGCUCUUCAACCUCUUUGCACUGAGCUACCGACAGACUACCAUGCCUUCUAUCACGGCCCAGAAAACCCAAACUUCCUGUCCACACAUCAGCUGGUGACGGCUGAUAACGAGUCAAUGGACGAGGACUCAGUCCUCUCAGAGUUCUACAACCAUUCAUUUGUCGUGCACGAAACAUCAGAGAUGUUUGCUUCGGGAUCACGAGAGGAAGAAUCUACACAGGAGAGCGGACCACAGCCAGAGACUUUGGAAGCACCCACCACUUGCUCAUCCGCAGAAGAACUUGUCCACGGAUUGCCUCCUUCACUCCGAAUUCCUGGCCCUCUCAGCGAUCUGCAGGACCUUCCCACCGCAAGACAUCUGCAGUCCAUCACACCACAGACAGUGACAGUUAACUUGGUCGUCGGAGUCAUUGCUGUCCACCCACCACGUCGUAUAGUGACCCGACAAUGGAAGACUGAGCUUGAUAUAAUUGAACUGAUCGUCGGCGAUGAGACAAGGACUGGCUUUGCGGUCAACUUCUGGGUUCCUCCCGAAAAGCCCACUGCUGCCAAGACUCCUCAGGCUGAUCACCUCAGUCGAUCGCUGGCCAUGCUCCGCCCUCAAGACAUUAUCUUGCUUCGCACCGUAGGGCUCAGUUCAUUCCGGAAUCGGGUUUACGGACAGAGUUUGCGGGGAGGCAUGACCAGAGUCGAUCUGCUGCACCGACGACCAGGAGACACGACGGAUGCGGCUGGAUUCUACAAGAGCGGGUUCGAACUGAAUAGCCUCCACGAUUUGCAUGACGAUCUGCCGCGGCAGAAGGCUCGCAGAGUGCGGGAAUGGGUCCUGCAGUUUGUGGGUGCGACGGAUGGAGCAGGCGGUAGCCUGUCAGGAAUGUCUCAGGCACAACGUGGCCAUCGGCAGCUGCCCCCGGACACACAAUGA